AUGUCUCUCCACAAAACGGUCACCGUCAAGUCGAUGGGACAAUCAGUGCGCGACCCUCGUGCUCAGGGUGAAUAUGGUGUCCAGAUACAGUAUCGCACCAUUUCUCUCCGCAUCGAUGCCACCUUCGAUGAGAAAGUAUCAAAAUCCAAGUCCAAGGGCGCACAAGAUCCCGCGGACGGAAUUCGCAAUAUUGAUGUCCACACAAUCUCACCGCAGGAUGUUUUCACUCGCUUCUCCACUUCGCCUACCGUCGGUCUCGAUGCCGCCGCCGUUCAACGUAAGGCGAAGACCGGUGGGAAAAACGUCAUCUCGCCACCAAAGACGCAGCAUUGGAAGAAGGCUCUGAACUAUGUCUUUGGAGGAUUCAAUUUUUUGAUGUGGAUUGCAUUCAUCGUUACUAUUCUCUCGUAUGAGCCCCUGGGCGGCUCUGAUCCCACGGUGUUUAACCUUGGAGUAGCGGUUCUCUUGCUUCUGGUUAUUGUCGUCUCCGCCACAUUCUAUGCCCUGGUGGAUUGGCACACGUCGCGAAUCAUGAGCUCCAUAAAAACCCUCAUCGCGGAAGAGGCAACAGUUAUUCGUGAUGGUCGGCAGCAAACCAUCUCGUCUAAAGAUCUUGUCGUUGGAGACCUGGUUGUUCUUUCUAUUGGUGAUCGUGUUCCCGCAGAUGUCCGCCUCGUACAGACCUCAAGUGACCUACGUUUUGAUCGCUCCCUCCUUACAGGAGAAAGUGAUAUGAUACCCGGAACCCUUGACAUGACAUCGGAGAAUGCCCUAGAGACCCGAAACCUGGCUCUCGCAUCGACCUUCGUUGUGCAGGGCAGCUGCACUGGGAUCGUCUUCGCCAUCGGAGACAAGUCCGUGAUGGGUCGCAUCGUAGCCAUGUCAGGAGAGACAAAGUUCAAGCUCACGACAGUCCAAAAGGAAGUUUGGUUCUUCACCAAGAUCAUCUCCUGCCUUGCUCUGGGAUUCUUUUGUCUCGCAAUCAUAGUGUGGGGUGCCUGGCUCAGGAGGGUCUAUCCUGGUUACGAAAACGCAAGUGGUGCUAUCGUCAACUCCAUAGGCUGCUUGACGGCUUUCGUCCCUCAGGGGCUCCCUGUCAGCGUUGCGCUAUCUCUAACGAUUGUCGCUAAGCGUAUGGCAAAGCGCAGCAUUCUCGUCAAAAACCUUGCUACAAUCGAAACGCUUGGGUGCAUGUCCGUACUUUGCUCUGACAAGACUGGCACUCUUACCAUGGGCAAGAUGACACUUCAAACUGUUGCGUUUGCUGAUCGCUCGUACUCGGUCGACACUAUCACAGAGAAAUUCUCGCAACAAGACGCCGCUGCGCCCGCUGGCCUCAAGCCCCUCCAAAUGAUCGCACGCUUGUGCAAUGGUGCGAAGUUUGACUCUACGACAGAAGACUGCCCGAUGGAAGACCGCAUUAUCAAAGGCGAUCCCACAGAUACUGCUAUCCUGCGCUUCUCCGAGAGUCUCCGGAUACCUUCGCUUGGUCUCGAUGCAUCUACUCUCCUGGCAUCACACGAGAAGCUGUUCGAAAUUCCAUUCAAUUCGCGCAAUAAGUGGAUGCUCACAGUUGUUCGUGAAAGCCCCGUUGCCGACGUGGAGAAGGGUAUAAAUGGAGAACCUCAAACCUGGAUGCUCGUGAAAGGGGCGCCGGACAAGCUUUUCCCCGCGUGCACAAGUGUCAUGCAGGAGGACGGCUCAACGUGCUAUUUUGACUCCAAUUCUCGACAGAAGACAAGAGCUCUACAAGAGGAACUCAGUGACCAGGGUCAGCGUGUUCUUGCUCUGUGCCAACGGUCGUUUGACGGAGUGAAACUCAACUUCGACACUAUGUCCGCCAACGAGAUCGAGGAGCUGAUGUAUGAUGAAUUGCAAGGUCUCACUUUGGUCGGUCUGGUUGGAAUUCGUGAUCCACCUCGUCCAGAUGUGCCUGGUGCUGUCGCGACCAUCCGUAGGGCCGGGGUCCGAGUUUUCAUGGUUACGGGUGACUUCAAGUUGACCGCGCUUGCUAUUGCGAAGCAGGUGGGAAUAAUCACUCAAACCAAAAUCGACACUAUCGCCGAUUUGCGUUCCGAAAAGGAGGCGCGGUUCACUGGUCUACCACGGUCGGCUGUCAAACCCAGCGAGGAUGACCCAAUGCGUGCACUUGUACUCACUGGUGAUGACGUUGAGAUGUUAACGCCUGAAGAUUGGGAUGCGACUAUUGGCAACUACACCGAGAUCGUCUUCGCUCGAACAACCCCAGAACAGAAGCUUCAGAUUGUCGAGGAGACUAAGGCUCGUGGUGACAACACAGUCGCUGUUACUGGUGACGGUGUCAACGAUGCCCCCGCGCUCAAGGCCAGUGAUAUCGGCGUCGCUAUGGGUGCUGGAAGUGAUGUCGCAAAGGAAGCCGCUGCGAUGAUACUUCUCAACAAUGACUUCGCGUCGAUCCCGGUUGCGAUUGAAAUGGGCCGGCUCAUCUUCGACAAUCUGAAGAAAGUGAUAAUAUAUCUGAUGCCUGCUGGUUCAUAUUCGGAGUUCAUCCCCGUCUUCUGUAACGCCUUCUUGGGUAUGCAGAUUGCCCUUAGUUCAUAUCUGCAAGUCUGCUUUUGCAUCUUGAAUGAUGUGUUCAUGUCUAUUUCGCUGAUGUACGAGAAACCCGAAUCUGACUUGAUGCUGCGGAAGCCGCGCAACGCGCGCACAGAUCGUCUUACCGACUGGCGUUUCUUCAUUCAAGUCUAUCUCGUGAGUGCUUACGUUUUACCUGUCUGUAAAUGUCCAGAUCUCAAGAUGGCCCUGUAG